AUGGAGUUGGCCGCUGGUGCAAUUGUCGUUGCCGGUUCAAUUGAGGCUAAUGGCAAUGAUGCAAGUGGUUUACCCGAGGAUUCAUUGAAAAGCUCGAACUCACUUAAUCCGUCCGUGAGCGUUGUUGAUACGUCUAUUGGGAAUGAUUCUGAAGUGGAUAUCGAUGCCAACGUUGAUAAUUUUUUUACGAAGGACGAAUCUGCAAACGUAGUAAUUGACAAAUUCGGUGACGAGGAGGACACUGACGAGGAUGAUGAUACCGUUAAUGUAAUAAUCAAACCUUCGAAGGGUAGUAUUUACAAAACUGGUACAACCUACCAGGCCAGAUCUCAACAGGCUGGGGCUCAAGGCCAAAAGGCGUUAAGGCCGGGCAUAAAUAUAAAUGACCCUGGCAGUAUUCAAGGUGUUCCUACAAUAGAAUUUAAUAUUUCGUCAUUGGGUGAAGAUGACAAGCCUUGGAAAAGGCCCGGUGCCGAUAUAACUGACUAUUUCAAUUAUGGGUUUACUGAAGACACUUGGUUGCAGUACUGUGAAAAACAAAAGAUUAUUCGUCAAGAAUAUGCUAACACAGCUCUUAAGCCUGUCUUAGUUGGUGCCGCUGCUGGUUUUGGCUUGACAAAUCUCUCUUCUGCAAGUCACCGUGGAGUUAUGCGGUUCCCCCAACAGCAGCAACAGCAGAACAAGGACAUCCAUGUUCUUAGCGGACGCGGUCGCUCCCCUUCAGUUAGCGAUGAGGAAUUGGAAAAGAAGAAUGGUCUUUUGGGACCGGGCCAGGCUUUCAACAUUCCUCCUCCGUGCUUUGCCCCGCCUACUGGUGGCGAUGCCCUCAGUCAAUUCGGGAAUGUUGCCAAUGCCUUGAAUUUCCCACCACCUGGAUUUACCAACACUUCCGUCCCUCCUCCUCUUCUUGGAUCAGGAUUUGGUUCACAGCAGCCAGGUCAUCAGUGGCCACAGUCAAAUAUUGGAAGUGGAUUGCUUCCUCUUUUUCCUGGACAGUCUGUUCGCUCGACUGGUGGAAGAAAUCACCAUUCGGAUAAUCGGAGAGAUAGGUCUCCCGAAAACCAAUUAUAUCAUGAGGAGUCCUCACGCGACUACGGUCGUCACGGUGAACGCUCGUCUCGGAGACGCGGAUCGCGUGAGCGUCGUCGGGACCGGUCACGAGAGCGGUCGCGUGAGCGGGAUUACUCGCUGGUACCGUCGGUCAGCACAAACAGUGGCGUACCUGGUGGCGCCACUACAGGAUCGGUGUCCGAAGCUGGCGCCUCGCGCUCCACUCGAAGCGGGGAAUCGAGACGACGCAGUGAGAGGGAGUCACAUCGUAGUCACCACCGCCACCGACGCACCUCCCGUCAUCGCUCUCCCUCCUGUCAGACCUCUCGACCCGAGCCCACCGAGUCCCUAAAUUCACAGCUAUCUACAGUCCCUUCCCAGCCUAUCGAUCCUCUCGAAGCCGCCUCUGCUGCUGCCGCUGAUAUCAGCGAAAAGAUUCGUCGGGCUAGUGCCGGGGAUGGUGUAUCUGGUUGA